CCCACGUUUGCUAUUUAAGAGUUAAUUCUCAAGAAAACUGAAUUGCAACGCCAACAGUAUAAAAGCAGAUGUGAGUGUACGGAGCAGACACGGCAUUACUCAGCAAACAUGCAGAGCUUUGUCACUGUUAUCCUUGUACUUGGGGUGUUCUCCAUGGUAACCCCAUUUUAUCUACCUACAACAGCCAGCACUGUGAGCGACGACAUGGAAUACGAUGAUUACUCCAUCUUCCAUUCACGGGAGGCCAAGCAUGAACCUAUUAUAGUAAGUAUACCGUAACGCCUUGUAGCAGUCACCUAGUACCAUAACUAAGGGUUGGUGGCAACAUUUGGGGGAACAAUUACUGUUCUUACAAGUUCUCCUUUUUCUAUUAUGAAGGCUGUGCGUGUGUCUUUUCUGUAGGUGUUUCAUAGUGUAUUUUUAUCUUGGAGAAAGUUAGGCCAUGUCAGCAGUGAUCUGGCCAUUCAAUCCAUUAGAUAAGUUGCAAAUAGCUGUGAAUCUAAAGUAUUUUUUAUUUUUUUUUGCUGUGCACAGUUGUAUAUUACAGCACUUUAUAGAGAACUCGUUAUGCACGAAAUGUAUCCACAAAAAGCUUAUGUUCUUCAAUACACUAUGGGAAAAUUGCUAUAUGGUGCCCUAAAAGCUCUGUUUAUAACAAAGUAAUGGAUAGAUAGAUUGUGCCUGAUUAGCCAAUGUAGUGGUUACGGUGCAAGGAGAGCCACACUCAGCAUCAGUAGUCUUACCAAUUUAGAACACUUUGGCUUUUAAUCAUAAAGUGCAUAUUCAAUGUGAAUUUGAAAUUUAAUGCCAAAAUGGCUGGUUAUUGAGUUAGCCAUCCUUUCAGUUUCUGGCUACUUUGAAUUCUCACUUUAGUGAAUAACCCUGUUAGUGACAUUUAGUAAGGUUAAGAAGUAUUUUACAUUAUUCACAGAGCAAUUUUAAUUAAAGAACACGGUUAAUCAAAUGGCUUUACAUAGAAAAUUUAAAAAAAAUAUAUAUAUAUAUAAAACAAUAGACCAUUUACUACCUAUGAACUAAAAGACACAAAUAAUACCCUUCAAAUAGUGAGGACAAUUUACUAUUAUUAUUAAUAAAUAAAUAAAAGUAUUUAUUCAAUAUAUUUAACAGUGCACAAUUCACAAAGAAGGGUAUUUACAAUUAUGGGUUAAAUACACCAAUACAACUUUAAUGCAUUUCAUAGGUUUAAGCCCUAAUUUAGAUGCUAUAUUUUUUGCAUAAAACAAUGUUUUCCCAGAAUGCUGCACAAUAAGCCGGCCUCUUUGGCCACACCCCCUCACUCCAGCAAAAUACUUCCUUAUCAGAUGUAUGUACACAGCUCAGUCACUGACAGCACUGAUCUGGACAACAAAAUAAGCUGCAUUAGAAGGAGAGGACACAUAUAGUAAGGCUAUCAUUACGUGUUUCUCUGACUAAUAGUUUAUCUGACUGUAAACAGCAUACCAGAUCCAGCGUACUUGAUCAUAGACUAAACAGCAACUUCAAAAGUCUUAGACUUAAAAACAAAACAAAAAAAACCAUAAUCUACACAAGAACAUUGGCAGGGGGGUGGGGGCAGCGUUAGUUACACUGUAUGAUCAUAUAUUGUAUAAGGCUACAACAGUGUCAAUGUACCCCAUUCUUGGUAGUUCCUAUUCUAGCAGCCUAACCUAAUGCCUGCUCUUAUGAGAUUAAUCCUCUUACUUGGGAAAUACUUCCUCCUGGGACUCUCUGCAGUUCAAGGUUAAAUAGGACCCUGAGAUGAGGCACCUGUGACAGGGAGGGGUGCAAAACCAGGGAGUUGGUCCAGACUCCUUAAUAUAUUUAUGUAUGAAACAUGAGGACUGCACUCACCUGAACAUGCACACAUUAUAGGGUGCUGCUGGGGACAAACUUAUACAACAUACAGGAUCAGGGGCGUAUCUAGAGCAUUUGGCAACUGGGCCGGUCCUAUUUCCCCCCCCCCCUUCUAUCCCCCUCAACUUUAAAUAUAAAAACAACCCAAUUUUUUUUAAUGUAUUUAGCACUAAGCAGUGAUUGUGUGUUUGAAUGUAUUGAAUGUAUGCAUGUUUUUGUAUGGAGCAUAUGUGAGUGAAUGUAGCGGUGUGUUUGUAUGUAGUGUUGGCGUUUUAAUGCAAGCAUGCAUUUGUGUGUUGUGUGGUAUUUGAAUGCAGUGGUAUGGUUAUAUAUAAUGGUGGGGUUUUGACGUUGAAAUGCAUGAGUGUAUUUGUGUGUAGUGUUGGAGAGAUUUUUAGAUGUCUGCACAUAUACACAUACACGGACAUACACACAUGCAGAUACAUAUACACACAAACACAGUCACACACAGACACACAUGCAGACAUCAUGACGACUCUAGGAACAAUAUAUAUGGUGGGGGGGCACAUAAGAUACCACAGUCAAAACGGGGGGGAGCAGUAAAACUUUUCACUAGGGGAUGGGUUAAUAUGCUGCCAUUGGCUGUCUGAUGCCAGCAUGCUGUGUUCUGCAUGCUGGCAUCUGACUACACAUUUACAUAUAAUUCACAUUAUUUAUUUAUUUAUAAAAUAUUUUACCGUUUUCAAGUAUGUCCUGGGUCCACAAAUCAUUGCAUUGUUACAUUAGGGUACAAUAAAAUACAAAAACAAUAUUAAUACACAAUAAAUACAAAAUGUAACAUAGAACAGGGAAGAAAUUAGCCACCCAGAUUUCUUGUUGUGGGCUGGCUGAUACCUCUUAAUUUCGAUCUUUGUUUAGCAGAUAACUCCUCUAUUUGCUAUCCUUUGUGGGAUUGCCAUAUUUAAGGACAUCAAAUAAGAGAGAUAUCUGCUAAACAGCACCGUCAUUUGGUAUCUUUAAAUAUGGAAAUCUCACAUACGGGCACUAAUUCAGGGAAUUAUCAGCUAAAGGAUUAAAAUAAAGCCCUUUUCUCAUUUCCAGUUGUUUAAUAGAUAACAGACAGUCACACACACAAUCACAGGCAGACAGUCACACAGGCAGACACAACACAAUCACAGACAGUCACACACACACAAUCAGAGGCAGACAGUCACACACACACACAUAAUCAGUCAGACAGUCACACACACACACACAAUCACAGGCAGACAGUCACACACACACGCACACAGACACACACAGGCAGACAGUCACACACACACACAGACAAUCACAGGCAGACAACCACACACACAGUCACACAGACAAUCACAGGCAGUCACACACACAUAGGCAGACAAUCACACACACAGUCAAAGACAGUCACAAUCACAGUUACACACUCACACACACAGUCAAAAACAGUCACAAUCACAGUUACACAAUCACACACACAGUCAAAGACAGUCACAAUCACAGUUACACACAGCACACACUCUUUCACUUACAGUAAGUUUGGACUGGAGGAGGAGUGGAUUCAUUCAGUGCCUCCUGUGUUGAAGUUGGGGAAGCAGGGACUCCUGCCCCCAAAUCUCCGUGCAGGUCUCCUGCUUGCUCCCAGCCCCUGCGUGUGUGAGCUGUGUCGGCUUCCCGGUGCCCCUGCUGCUAUGGCACCUAGUGCAGCCACACAGCUCACUGACUCCCAAGCCUGGCCAGCCCUGGUGGCACCCCCCUGCCUGAUGGCACCCGGUGAGGACUGCACCCCCUGCCCUCCCCUUAGUACACCACUGUACAGGAUGCAGCGCACUCACUCAUUCAUAAAACACCAUCAUCAAAGCUAUUGUGGCAGGCUUAUGUAUGUUCCUAUACUGCAAAUAAACUCCUAUUGUGUGUGCCUAGAUUAUGUGUUUUUAGAAAAAAAAACACGGGAAAGAAACUAUUACAUCUUGUAAGCUUUGGUGUGUUAUAAAUGAGUGAGUACACUGGAUCUUGUAUGUUGCAUACAUUGGCCCAGCAGCAGCCUUAAAAUAUAUGCAUGUUCAGGUGAGUGCAGCCCUCUUGAUUUCAUAGGUUGUGAAUUAAAUGUAGCACACUCAGUAUUGUCAGUGGCUGAGCAGUGUACAUACAUUUAAUAAGGAAGUAUUUUUUUGGAAUGAGGGGGCGUUGCUAUGGAGGCAGACUUAUGUUGCAGCAUCCCAACAUGCCAAUAUAUUAAGAUUAUAUCUUCCGACCAAUCGGCAGACAAGUUCCAUUGGUUUCUCUGUUAAGUGCCCAAAAUUGAUCUAAUUACUGACUUCAAUAAAAAUGUACAUAUUUUUUCUGCAGCCUAUCCCAAGAACAAUGAAAAAUUGCAAUUGUUUUCCAAAAUGUUGUCUCAGGAGAAAAUGUGUUUUGUGUUUGUCGAGAUACUCUGUGAUUGCCAGAAGUUUUAUGAGCAAAGACGAAUCCACCUAUGAAUUUCCAUCAGAAGAUGAACUUCAAAAACCUUUACAUAAGAACUGACGAGUUACCUGAAAAAUAAGAUAUCUUCUUCCAAAAUCAAUCAAUAGGCACAUAUCAACAUUCAUGUUUUUUCUUUUGUGCUAAUAAACAUGUUAUUCACAUUGCGUCUAAUAUCCUUAUAUUAAAU